AUGGUUGCAACUGAUAAUGGGACUCAUCCUUUAUCUCCAUCAGAUUGUUCAGUCAAUCCAUUUCUGUGGGAGGCAGAUGGUCCUGAGCUUGAUGAACAUCCUGUAAUAGCCACGGAUGACAGCUUUGCAUUGCUAAACAAUGAAAUGCUUCGUUCCGGGGAGGAGCCAGUGAGCCAUUCUUUAUUUGAAAUCUUUGAUUUCAACGAAGAGAUAAUAAAUAGUGAUAUGAUGUCUGGACAGUUUGAAGAUUUUUCUGAACCAGAGAAUCUCCAUGUUGCCGCUGAUAAUUCCUUGCAUGGAGAACAAAUUUAUAAUGAGAUCCCACCAAAGUUGUGUGACCAAAUUAUGAAUUUCCAAGGAGGAAAUGGAGUUGGAACGUCCAUUAAUAAUGGCCUCGAUUGUGGAGUGAAUUUGAGUGGAGAGGAAGAAGAGAGGGUGCAAUUGGUUCAACUUGUGUUAGCAUCAGGAGAAAUGAUAGGCAACGAGGAAUAUGAUGACGCUGCCCUGCUGGUGAGUAAAUGCAAGAAAUUGUCUUCACAGCUGGGGAGUCCCACACAGAGGCUCGUCUAUUAUAUCUCCGACGCCCUACAGCAGAGAAUCCAACGCAACACUCUCGGCAUUUCAAAUAACGCAGCUAAGCCAGUUUCAAAUUUGGCCUUCGAAAUUGAUUCAUUAUUUGACGUAAAUGAAUUUUCUGUUCUCGCUGCUUACUAUAACAGUGUUCUGCCGUAUAUCAAAUUGCUGCAGUUCACGUCUGUGCAGGCAAUCAUAGACGCCGUGGGGAAUGAAAAGAGAAUUCAUGUAAUUGAUCUGGCAAUGCGAACUGGGUCGCAAUGGACAGUAUUAAUGGAAUUUCUUGCACACAGAGCUGCGACUUCUACUACCUCUAGGCGUCAGUUUCUAAAGAUUACAGUAGUUGGAAGGAAUGGCGAAGAGCUUCGGAAAAUCGGGAAAAGACUUGAAGAGCUCGCUAAAUCUUUGGAUAUUCCCUUCUCGUACAAGAUGGUGGAGAUCCAAAACUUAGAGGAGAUUAAGGAAGGUCUAUUUACUGUAAAAUCAAGUGAGGCAUUGGCGGUUUACGCUCCAAUUAUUCUGAGAAGUUUGUUAUACGACCCGGUUCUUCUGGUAGAUGUUCUAUGCAUUUUCAAGAAGCUAAAGCCUCGGAUAAUGGUGGCUGUCGAAGUAGAAGCCAAGCAUAAUUCUUCAUGUUUUGUGAAUAGAUUGAGGGAGGUGCUUUACAAUUACUGUGCGUUUUUUGAUAUGUUAGAUGUUAUCUUUCCUGACAGAAAUGAUAUUAAAAGGGUAAAGUAUGAAGAAUUACUUGAAGGAAAUCAGAUAAGGAAUAUAUUAGUGUUUGAGGGGAAAGAGAGGACAAUUAGGCAUGUUACAAGUGACGUGUGGAGGGUUUUCUUCACAGAAGCAGGGUUCAAGGAAAUGAGCUUCAGUUUUCACGCUUUGUAUCAGGCAAGAUUAUUGUUAAAGGAAUAUGUUUCCGGACAGUAUUAUACACUGCAGCCUGAUGGGCAUGCAAUAAUUGUAAGGUGGAAAGGAACGCCAUUAAUGGCCGUCUCGGCAUGGACUGUUAUCAAAUGA